GUUUCUAACGACACUGUCAGAUUGUAAAGAUAUCCAAAAUCAUCUCCUUUGUGAGCUUUUUCAUUUUAUAUUGAGAAUGGGUAUAGUUCUGUGAUAAUAAAUAAUGUCAGUAUUGAGUUUGCUGCCAGAAGAUAAACGUAAAGAUCUAAGCGCCAGAAAGGAGUCGGUAGCGAGCGUGUACAGCAGUAACUCGCGGCUGAAUCUGCUGAGCAAGCGCAAGCGCAUGGUGCCGGCGGGCGCGGGGGGCACUAUGGGGGGCGCGCCGGGCGACCGCUUCGUCACACAGCGCGUGCUCUCCGCCAAGACGCAUCGCGUCAAACAGCUGCAGAACCAACUUGCAGAUGCUCAUUAUCACUUGCAGGAGCUCAGUAAUGAGAAUCGAGUUUUGCGAGCUAUGCAGAAAAAGCAAGAAAUAGCUCUGCAAAGGUACGAGAACUCUAACGCUGAGUUGCCUCAAGUGUUGAACUCGCACACGGAGGAGAUGCGCGUGCAGCAGGCGCGCUACAAGCAGCUGCGCGCGCAGCACAAGGAGACCGCCGCCCGGCUCAAGGAGCGCGACGCACAGCUGCAGCAGCUGCGCGACGAACACCAACAUCUGCUGGACCUCACUAAAGACAAGAAUCUGUUGGAGCGCGAGAAGCUACAGGCGCAGGUGAACGAGCUGUCGCUGAAGGUUCAGCAGCAAGGCGAGACUAUCAGCCUGCUGCAGCGGCGGCUGGCGCUCGAGGCCAAGAACUUCCGGCACCAGCUGCAGUCCGAGCUCAACAAGCACAAAGACACGCGCCACGACCUCGACAUGGCCAUCAGUAACGCAGACAAGUUGUCUACCAUUAUUGAGAUGAAAGAGAAGAUGCUCAGUACUGCUGCCAGCCGCGGUGUGAAGUCUCCAGUCAAAAGCAGCUCCUCUAUGACCUUGACGCGUCCUCAGAGCAAGACCAAUAAGGCUGGCCAGGAAUCGAGCUCUUAUAGACCAAACGACGAACGUCAUAAUGUUGAUCAAAGUGCCCUCGGGAAAUUAUGCGAGAAUUCACGAUCCGUUAGCAGCACAUUAUCCCAUGACGAUGAAACAAGUUCAUCAACUGAGCCUAGGAGCAGAUAUAUUCAAAGCCGCAGUAACUCUACUGGUCCCCGGUCAACACCGAACCCUACUAGGAAGAAUUCAAAAAGUCCCGAAGACAUUAUUGAAAUUUCUAAAACGAUACAAGAUGGUAUGGCCGACUUAGCUAUCUCAGACGACGAUACACUUAGGAAUUGCUCACCGGAAGAAAUGCAACAGAGAAUGGAAAUACUUAAAGCGGAUCUAUUGAAAAAAAUUAAAACUAACGAAGAGCCAAUUUCGAGAAGAAACAGUGCUUUGAGAAGAAAGUCCACCGAAGAAUCAAUUGAAGAGCAAAUUGAAUUGGAAGAAGAACGACCUAAGUCUAGAGGUCGCAAAAAUUCUAAUGUUUCUUUUUAUGACAACGUUACUAUCGAAGAGUCUACUAGUAUAGUUGUGCACGAUUUUGCAUCAGGAGAUGCGAGUAAAAAAACCAAACGCGAAACUAGUGGGAAGGAUAAAAAACCUUUGGCAAAACCAAUAGAAACAUACUGCAAAGAUAUCAUGCAAGACUUGGAGAAGAGUAGUAAAGUUAUAGAUAGUCAUAUCAAACAAUUUAACAGUACUAAAAUGGAGAGUGAUAAAUUAGUUGAACAGUUGUUUGCUGUUGAUAAAAUCAAUGAUUUAGUUAAUUCUGACAGAGAAUUACCCGAAGAAACGCUCUCUGAACUGAACAAUAACUUUAAAUUACUGACAGACCAAGUUUUGUCUGAAGGUGCGCCUGUCGCACGAAAACGAUCCCUCGGCGGUCGCAGAAACGCGCGCUUGGAAUCUAAAACCAAUCUUCUUGGAGACUCUAAUAUGUCUAAUCAAGAACUAUUAGAUGACUUGCUAGGAAAGAAAUGACAAAUAGUUCGUGCUUAAUGCAUGGUUCUAGUUAGUGAGUCGGCAAGUCCUGGCUGGUUUUUAUGUAAUUUUUAAAAUUGACGUGAUAUAUUUAUUUGACGUAAUCAUGGAUUUGAAUUUAUGUAUUCGAUUAGGUUGGCUGUAUGCCGCGUGGUUGUACAGGAUUUUUUUGAUUUGUAUAUGAUAUCAAAAUAGAGUCUAAACUAAAAUUCACAACCUACGAGCCUCUUUAAAUAUUAUGAAGGUUUGUUGAAUUAAAAACCCAUGUUUAACGAAAAAGUAAAACAGAUUUUUCACUUUUAUGGUACAAUCGCUUUAGAACUUUACUGUUAGAAAUUUGUUAAUCAGCAAAGUUAAUAUUGAGGAAUCAUUUAGGAUAAUUACUACAUUCGCACAAGAAUAUCUAAAGCCGAUUUUUAGUAUCGAAUUUUCAUAGUAUGUGAUAAUUUUUUGGCCACAAAUUUUUACUAUAGUCUUGAGCUGUCA